AUGACAGAAAAUUAUACAUUGAUUACAAAUGGAGAAACCUCUAAAGACACUUCAGAGCAAAAACCCAAAUCUGGAUUAAUGAAACUCUCAAGCUAUGUUUUAGCUCUGCGGCCCUGGUCACUUAGUGCAAGUUUGAUGCCAACUUUAUUGGGCGCUACAUUAGCAUACAAAUAUCCAGGAACCUCUGAAUUCAACUACAUUACCCUAUUACUGACUUUGUUCACUGUAGUGUCUGUGCAUGGAGCUGGAAAUGUUGUCAAUACAUAUUUUGAUUAUGUGAAAGGCAUUGAUAACAGAAAAUCAGAUGACAGAAUACUUGUGGAUCACCUGCUCACAAAAGAUGAAGUGGUUUCCCUUGGAGCCAUGUUAUAUUUUGCUGGAUGUGUAGGAUUCAUACUCUUGGCCAGUAUAUCACCAGCCAAAAUGGAACAUUUGGCACUGGUCUACUUUGGAGGAUUGUCUUCAAGUUUCUUAUACACUGGAGGUAUUGGUUUCAAGUAUAUAGCUCUAGGGGAUGUUCUGAUUUUGAUUAUAUUUGGUCCAAUUUCUGUGCUUUUUGCAUUUAUGUCUCAAACUGGGAGAGUAGAAUGGGCAACUAUCUAUUAUGCCAUACCUCUUGCUUUGAACACAGAAGCUAUUCUUCAUAGUAACAAUACCAGGGAUUCAGAAUCAGAUAAAAAAGUAGGAAUAGUAACUGUAGCAAUCAUAAUUGGACAUACUGCUUCACAUGUACUUUAUGCAUUUUUGCUGUUCACUCCUUACAUAAUGUUCAUGGUAGCUUCUCUAAAAUACUCAAAAUGGUUCAUGUUGCCUUUGAUUACCUUACCAGGAGCAUUCAAAAUAGAGAAACAGUUCAGGUCUAAAGACAUUCAUAGUGUUCCAAAAAAAACUGCCAAAUUGAAUCUUUUCUUUGGUGUGUUAUAUGUAUUGGCUUGCAGUUUGGUAACUACUUUACCAUAUAUAACAAAAAGAUAG